AUGUACACCUGGAAUAAUUUCAUGAUGAACCCCGUUAUAACGACCGUCAAUUUUUUACAAUCUUACCCGGUGAAAGACGUCGCGAUGCCAGGGAUAUCCGUGUGUAACAUCAACAAAAUCAGCAAGAUGAAAGCCGAAGCUUACGCAGAGGAACUAUCCAGAAAAUCUGGAAAACCCGCUGAAGAAAUUCUGGAAGGUAUCAAAUUACUAGCGAGGCUUGACAACUAUAAUUUACCCCCAGGAAAAGACAUCUCCUUCGAUUUUCAGGACUUCCUAGACAAAUACGAUGCCGAUGCCGACGGAUAUUAUAAUACCCACGACAAGUUGCGAAUGUUACAAGUACCAUGCACAGAAAUGCUGGAAGACUGCUUUUUAUAUGAAAAACAAAGGAAGUGCGACGACCUCUUCGCCGACGAUUUGACCAUGGAGGGUCACUGCUGCAUCUUUAACUAUCUAUCGCAAAGCGCUAAGAAUAUAUCGGCAGUUUUAUUAGGGAAUAAUAGAAAGCCCAUGACAGCAGGAACUGUUGAAGAAGGGGGACUAAAAUUCAAGCUGAACUAUAAUAUAUCGGACUAUACGGUUACUUCCCUUGCUACUACUGGUGUUAAGCCUCGGUUUUACGCUAAAUACUUUAGGACGAAGGUGGACAACUUCAGCAUAGUUCACGUGAUCUUUGAUCCUCCGUCCGUCACGUUUAACAAGCAGGAUGUCUUUUUCUACUGGUACGACAUGAUAGGUUUGUUCGGUGGACUGUGCAGCCUCGUGAUGGGUAUCAGCUUUGUCAGUGUAGUGGAAUUGUUGUACUUCUUCACCUACGUAUUCUGCAAAAAAUUACUUAGCAAACCACUUGGAAGGGAAGAAGAUGGCGACAACGAUUGA